UAUGUUACAUGUUUACAUUGUGUACUGAAAUAGGGAAUGCGGCCUCCCCUUUACUUAUUACUCUAAGAUAAUAACAUACAUUAAAUAACCUCAAUUCAAUCCUCAAUUACUUGAAUAAUUGUGGAAUAGAUCCUAUGAAUUAAUUAUUAGUGUAUAAAUACCUAAAUGAAACAAUAACAAUAGAAAGUUAAUUUUAAAAAAAUGUAGGGGCAUUAUGUUUAUUAAGAAGUAAAUUCAUACACGACAGUUUUAUUGAAAAUUUUUUAUUGUGUAAUCAUUAGUGUUUGUAUUGUGUGACGUGACAUUUGUAAACAAUUACUUAAAAAAGCUUUAUAUUCGUUUUAUUUAUAUUACAAUUUAUAUGGCAUUUCAUAUCAAGAUUUCUCCGAUAACCAUUUAGUUCUAAAAAUGAAUUUAGGUGGUAUAAUAUAUUUGAACAAAACUAGUAUAGGCAUUUUCAGUGGAGCACUGUUAUUUCUUUUUUUAUAUAUGACGUCCUAUAAAAAUGAUUUAAAUAAUGUAAAACUAAAUAGAUCAAAUAAAAUUAAUAUGCAUAAAUUACUUAAUAUCGCAAUAAAAGCAGCGGAAAAUGGUGGUCGAGAAGUGAUUCAAAGUAAAGAUAACAUUAAUAUACAAAAAAAAGGAUUAACAAAAGAGGGUUUAAUAGAUAGUGUAACAACUGCUGAUUUUCUAUCUCAUUGUGCAAUGAUGAGAACUUUGGAACAUUUUUAUCCUUCUCUAAAAAUAGUGUCUGAAGAAGCGAAAACCCGUUGUCAUAAAAAUCAGUAUGUUGAUUUAUCUUUACCUAUCUCAGUAGAUGAAAAUGAAUCUGUUGAAUUUAUUGAAGAGGAUGUAACUGUGUGGAUUGACCCUUUAGAUGCAACAUAUGAAUAUACAGAAAAAUUAUAUAAGUAUGUUACCGUCAUGGUUUGUGUUGCUGUUAAAGGCAAACCAAUUAUAGGUGUAAUACAUAAACCUUUCGAUAAGAGCACUUCAUGGGCCUGGGUAAAUACAAGUAAAUCAAAGGAUUUAUAUGGACAGGUACAUAAUAAAGAUGAAGACAUUCUAAAGAUAAUUAUAUCUAGGUCGCAUAAGGGGCAGAUAGAAGAAGUUUUGCAUAAGAAUUUUAAUAACAAAAUUCAGUUGGUUAUUGCUGCAGGUGCAGGAUACAAAGCUUUAGAAGUUGCUAAAGGAAACGUUGACGCUUACCUACACAUAACAGCAAUAAAAAAAUGGGACAUAUGUGCUGGAAAUGCAAUAAUAAAUGCUCUUGGUGGAAAAAUGACAACAAAAUAUAAUGAAGAAAUUGAUUAUUCAAACGGUGAUAAUGUGAAAAUUGAGAAUGGUCUUAUUGCUACUAUGAGGAAUCAUAACCUGUUUUUAGAAAAAUUAUAGAUUAUUACUAUUUAUUUUUAUUUCCUUCUACGGUCAGAGGAGUUAUAUCUCAUGUAGAAAUUAUUUAGGAACCAGAUAUAAAUUUAUGGGAAAUAGGUACUGUAUCAAAUUCUUAUUUUGAGAGUAAAAAUUCGUACAAGACUUAAGUGGAGGAUAAGAAUUAUUGGUAAUACUCUCCACUGCUCAGAACUUUAGUGUCGUUAAAUGUAAAAUGUGCAUUUAUUAUUUAUUGUAAUUUAUUACGAUAAUAUAAAAGCCUUAACUGCCUC